AUGCUCUCGCCAGCGACGAUAAACGACUCCGACUCCACCGCAGCGCUGCCCCUCGACCGCGUCGAAAGCACCGGCUCUCACUCUCACUCUCAGUCGCGGUCUCACGCCCACUCUCACUCACUCUCUCACUCCCAGGGCCCCUCUCACUAUGGCGCCGCUGCAGUGACUCCCGCUGCGUCGACGUGGGGCCUCGGCGACCCAGCACCCUCGCAGCACCUCUCGUCCGAGGCGUCGACGUCGCCGGCAGAGUCAUGGCGUCUGGAUGAGUUUGUGACGGACCCCGGGUACCUUGCCUACCAGGAGGAACUGCGAUGCCUCAUCUUCAACACAGCCCAAACCGCCGCGCCCACGAGGGAGGGCACGCCGGAAGCCGCAGAUGGCGGGUUCGCGGCUGGAGGCUUCGCUGCGCCGGGGACUAUGCUGGGCGAUGACUCGGCGGCGCGGAGACAUGCUGGGCAGAUCUUAGGGACAGGAAGGAGGUUGGAGUAUUUGAAGAACUACGUCGGUGAAGUCGCGCCAUGGCUCGACAUGUUCGACAGCGACCGCGCCUUUGGAAUUCAAGUCCCGGUGUUGGCACGCAGCUCUCCCGCCCUGCUGUAUGCCGUUUUGGCCCUGUCGGCACGACAAAUGGAGCGCAAAGAGGGCAAGCAGACAUCCUUCGACAGCCUGGAGCUCUACCAGGAGGCCAUCCGGCUCUUGACACCCCUGCUCCAGUCCCGAGACCAAAAGAUCAUCCCAAUCUGUACCAUUCUCUGCUGCUUGGAGAUGAUGUCCGCGAGUGCGCAGGACUGGCGCAAACAUCUCGAAGGCUGCGCGGCGCUCUUUGACUCUUUCUACGUCCACGGGUUCAGCGGAGGCCUCUUACAAGCCGUGUUCUGGUGCUACGCUAGGAUGGAUCUCUGUGGCGCCCUCAUAUCCGACGGCACCGAAAGCACCCUCCUCACACCCUCCAAAUGGCUCCCCAGCGGCGCCUCCCACAACGAAGCGCGCGAGCUCUUCCACCAGUCUGGCGGCACCCCCGACAUGCACGCCAACUACGCCGUCUACCUCUGCGCCAAGGUCUGCGAGCUCGUCGCCGACAGGACGCGCUACUUCGAGCUCGGCGACGCCGGCACCUGCAGCAGCCCCGACGAGCUGACCGACCGCUGGGUCCGCCUCUGGGAGGACCUCCAGGCCUGGACGCGCGACCGCCCGCCCGAGCUGCUGCCGGUGCAGAGCAUCCAGAGCAGCCCGUUCCCGCAGAUCCUGUUCCUCCACUGGGCGGCGAUAUCGUCCAACCAGCUGUACCACACGGCAUGUACCCUGCUGCUCGGGUCGAUGCCGCGGCCGCUGAGUAUCAAGCUCGGCGGCGUCACGGGGUCUGCGAUAUGGCACGCCAAGUGUAUUUGUGGCAUCUCCCUGGCGAAUCCGCACCAGGGCUGUCUGAAUAAUGCGAUUCAGCCGCUGUGGGUGGCCGGCAGGCUGCUCAGUCACAAGUCGGAGCACGCGCUGCUGGUGAGGCUCAUCCGUAGCAUCGAGGCCGUCACCGGAUGGGGAACGUGCUGGAGGAUCGACGACCUCGAGACUGCGUGGGGAUACAAGGUUCGCAAAGAGCUCAGGGGAUUUUACGCCUCGCGAAACUACGGUAACCGUUGGACUGGUAUCGUUUACACCAACCCCCAAUCUUCCCUCACCCUGGCCGCGAACCCGUCAACAUUCCACCCAGCCAGCGCCUUCACGCGCUCAAAACACUCCAGAAUCGCCCGCUGCUGCGGCUCGUACGUCAUCCGCUGCGCCGCGAGGUACAGCGACGCCACGAGACACAGGUCCCAGCUGUCGCGGCGGUCGUUGUUCAGCGCGAUGCCGCACACCCUCUGCGCGUGCCACAGCGGCGACGUCGCCGACGAGGAGCUGCCGCUCGACUUCUUCGUCCCCGCCGCGGCCUGUAGCGAGCAGCAGCAUCGCGGUGUGGUAGAGCUGGUUCGCGAAGACGGCGGCGCCGUUGGUGAAGAGGAUGAUGGGGAAGAGGGUCUCGUCGCCGCCGUCGAUCUCGACCAUCGGCCGGAACUCCUGCGCGCGGUUGGUGUACCACAGGCCCAGCGCGUCGCUGAGCAUCGUCCAGCGGUGGACGGGCGUGAGAGGGGUAGCGCCGUUGGCAUUGGGAGUGGUGGUCUGCGGCGGGAAGCUGCCGCUGCAGAAGUUGACGACCUUGGCACAGAGGAGGAGAGGCUCGAUGGUGUACUGAAAGAUGGUCUCUGCGACGGUGGAGGAGGUGUUCCACUGCUGCGACAUGGGGUUGUAGUUUAG